AUGGCUUUUUCUUCUCUCUCCCUUAUCCUUUUCUUCUUCAUCUUCAUAUCAUUCGCCAUCUCCGACGCCGUUGUUCCCCCCGCCGACACUUUUCGGUAUGUCAACCAAGGCGAUUUUGGAGAACUCGAUUCCGAAUACGCCCCAACCUAUCGUCCUCUUCCUCCAUACACCUUUCCUUUCCAGCUGUGUUUCUACAACACCACCCCCGGCGUCUACACUCUCAGUCUCCGCAUGGGAACCAGACGUGAUGAAGCGGUCAUGCCAUGGGUGUGGGAUGCCAACAGAGGCAACCCAGUUGGCGAAAACGCCACCUUCUCAUUAGGCUCCGACGGAAACCUUGUACUCGCCGACGGAGAUGGACGGAUCGCAUGGCAAACCAACACCGCCAACAAGGGUGUCGUCGGUUUUGCCAUACUCUCCACUGGUAACAUCGUGCUUCGUGACUCCAAGGGUGGUUUCGUCUGGCAAAGCUUUGAUUCACCUACUGAUACGCUUAUGUUUGGUCAAUCUCUCCGGAUCGGAGGUCCGACGAAGCUCGUCAGCAGAGCUUCAAUAACGAACAACGUUAACGGAGUGUAUAGUUUCGUGAUAGAGCCAAAAAGAUUGGGUUUGUAUUAUAAGAACAUGCUUUACUGGGCUUCCACGUUUCCGGCGUUUCCGGAAUUGAACCAACCAAAUGUGACUAUUGUUAAUACAACAUUCGAUAUCGUGGAAACCGAAUACAAUAACGACUUUAACGCACUGAGGUGUCAUCUUGCAAACUCUAAUGCUCAACCUUUUUUGGACAUGGACAUACUCCGAUUCAAUAACACGUUAUCCUAUAUCCGAUUAGGCAUCGAUGGGAACUUACGACUCUACUCUUAUCGUCCUCCGAAUAUCCGUUUUAGCCAAUGGAGUCUGGUGUUCAGAUUGUUCGAUAACAGGGAGACCACGAGGCGGGGUUUAUAUGAAGACGAGUGCCAACUGCCUGAACGCUGCGGCAAGUUUGGGCUGUGUGAGGACAGCCAGUGUGUUGGGUGUCCGUCGCCGGAGGGUGUUUUUGCGUGGAGCAAAAACUGCAACGUGAAGACGCCGUCUUGUAAAGCGGGUGGUUCUCGUUACUACCAGCUCAAAGGGGUCGACCAUUUCACUUCUAAAUACUCUCCGGGGACUGGGCCGGUGAAGCAGAAAGAUUGCGAGAGUAAAUGCACAAAGGACUGUAAGUGUAUGGGGUAUUUCUAUCGCACUGAUCUAUCGAGGUGUUGGAUCGCUUACGAAUUGAAAACGUUAACGAGGGUCGGGAACUCGACUCAUUUGGCGUACAUCAAAACACCUAUUCAGUAG